AUGUCAUCUUUCAAAGCUCAAACAAUGGAUUUUGAAGUAGACAUGUAUUUGGCCAUGGGCUGGUUCGAUCGACGUCUAGCCCAUAAUUGUACACACCCUAUUCUUGUUACCAGUAAACUAAUAGCUGAUCGAAUGUGGCACCCAGAUCUCUAUUUUGUAAAUUCCAAAUUCGCUUACCUACAAGAGGUCACCACGCCUAAUUUGAUGGUGAUCGUCUAUCCAGAUGGCCUUAUUUUCAAAUCAAUGCGAUUAGAUGUAACGCUCAGUUGUAUGAUGGAUUUGAAACUGUUUCCGAUCGACCAUCAAGAAUGCCCACUAAAGAUCCAAAGCUUUGCCUACAUCGAACAGAUUGUUAAUCUGACGUGGCACGUUGCUCCUCCCUAUUUUCCCGUUGGUUCUAACGAGGAGAUCAAGCUAAACGAUAUGGCUAUCACCCGAACUCGUUAUGAGAAGUGUGCUGGACCGUAUCCCAUGUUUCGCGGAUCAGGUAGGUCAUCCAUCAUUCAAAUGAAGAGUAGUUGUUCUUGCAUUGCCACUCAAAUGGCUUCAGCAAUUUCUUUGGGGUCAGCCUCGCUAUAUUGA